GAAUAAUGCUACAAGAACAGCCAUGUUUAGACUCUGCGGCCUUGCGAAACGCCCACGGCACAACCGAGGCACUAGCAAGUCUCAGCCAAGGGGAGCCCCGCUUGCCCCAGGUUCGCCCCUCCUACGUCUAGAUUCUCUCGCUGAACAUCGAGACUCUCAUGACGAAUAGUAUCACUGGUCUGCCUUGGCAAAGGCCGCUCGAGUCUCUCGACACACAGAAUUGAGGAGAUUGUACCUUAUAAGGGCAGGUAGCCAUACCCACGUUCCGCGCGCUCCACAUUCGCUUCCCCAGGAUCUCGUCACGGGAGAUUCGUUUCUGUCAUGCCACAAAGACAAUAUUUAGGAGCAAUGAGACCGAGGUCCGAGUCUACAGUAUCCGAGGAACGAACAGAUUUGCGGCUCGCUGGUACUUAGGUUUUCCACAACAUGGCUAGCUGCAAUGAACGACUAUAACAUUAACAGCAUCUCGUGCCUGCUCUCUCAAGUUCUUCUGCGCCAGUGCAACAGACACGAUGAAUUCAUAUCAAUUGUGGUGCUUGAUCUACUGCUCCUUCGGAGCGUUCUUCUAUGGUUACGACUCGGGUCUGACCACCUCUAUUAUUGGCUACCCCGAGUUUAUCAAAUACUUCGAUUUCAAUUCCUCAACCUUGGGCGCCUUGGGCUCAGUCUACUAUGCUGGAAUCGCUAUUGGCUCACUCACCAUCGCCUAUCUGGCCGAUAAGUUUGGACGAAAGCGAGUGGUGCACAUCGCCUGUGCCAUUUCCGUUACUGGGGCUGCCUUGCAGACGGGCGCCGUCAACCUGCCCAUGCUCCUGGUGGGCAGAGUCAUUGGUGGGAUCGCUUGUGGAAUGAUAUGGUCGUUGUGUCCCUUGUAUCUCAGCGAGCUGUCGCCCCCGCACCUCCGUGGUUCGGUCGGAGUACUCUACAGCAUCGUGCUUAACAUCGCCUACGCCCUGAGUGAAUGGAUGGGCUUGGGCUUCUCAUAUAUCAAUGGCGGCCAACUGAAGUGGCGCAUCUUCCUGGGGCUGCAGAUUCUUAUCGCGGUCUUGAUGUAUGCCGGCUCACUCACUGUAUGCAAGUCACCCAGAUGGCUGGUUGCGCAAAAGAGGGACGAGGAAGCUUUGCAAAUCCUCGGAAAACUUCAUCAAGGCGAGACUCGGGCCCUCGAAGACGAAGCGGAGCAUAACAGCGUUCCUUUCUUUCGGAGAGAGUUCAACCAGAUCCAAGCGCAGAUCCGCUUCGAACAGGAGAACCCUCAGAUCGGGAUCGUGGCCGUGUUAAAGCGACCGUCGUACAGAAGACGCAUCUCCCUUAUCAUUUUUUUCUUCAUCUUUCAACAGCUGACGGCAGUUAAUGGCCUGCAAAACUACCAGGUCAUCCUGUAUAAGACGUUGGGUCUGACGGGAAAGACAAUUCUCAUUAUGGUCGGCGUUUGGGGCACUACAUCCCUCCUUAUGGCCAUCCCCUGUAUUUACUUCCUCGACCAUUGGGGCCGCCGACGGAACUUUUUCAUCUCUAUGUCUAUCGUUCUCGUCUCUACCGUUAUGUUGAUUGUCUUCUGGGCAAGGUAUGAGGCGAGUAAUAAUACAGACUAUGUGCUCGGGAAAUUGGCCCUCUGGAGCAUGUUCAUGUGGCUUGUCGGGUACGGCUGGGUUAUGAACUCCUUUGGCUAUACAUAUACCCCGGAGAUCUUGCCCAUGGAGAUCCGCGCGACCGGCAUGGCCUUGGGCUAUGCGUCCAAGACCAUCACCACUCUUUGGGUAGUCCAAGUCACUCCCAUUGCAAUCAGCAAUAUCAGCUGGCGAUUUUUUAUUAUAUUCGUCACCUGUGACGCUAUUUUCCUGGUUGUGUUCUACUUCUUCUUUCCCGAGACCGCCAAUGUUCCUCUGGAAGAGGUGGCUGCGCUGUUCGGUGACAAUGUUGUUGUCAGGCUCGAAGAGGCCGAAAAGCUCCCCGGCCAGCUCGAGCGCGACAUAGACACAUCCAAUGACACGGAGAAGCCCAAACCGAGCCAAAUUCAGGUGGCCGCUGCCGAGCAUGUGGAGGUCCACAGCUAAAAGCCUGGAGAACAGUUCUACUAUCUGGAAUACCACGGCCAUUGGCGACUUCGCAUAAUCCGAGCUCCAGUCGAGGACGGCCCGUAUAUUGCCUUCGGCGCUUGACAGGUGUGGCAGUGGUCCUGCUGCCAUAAUUGAAAUAGCCUUAGGAAUCACCUAUCUGGUGGCUUUUCUGGACGCGUUCUACACAUAUACCAUCCUGCUUCGGACAACGUGCUUUACUUCUCCACAAUGUCAUCCCAACCCCUGUUUCUUUCUGCAGUUUAUUCUUACAAUUGUACCCUGAGAGAUCAAGAUGGACGUGUGAUGUCAGCUCAGCCUGGUAUCCAGGGUAGCUACUGUAGUCAUAUGAGCCCGGUGACCAGUGUGUUCGCAUUGGCAGUGUAUGUUGUUUUGAACGUAUUCUAGAGUCGUCGUAUAUUUUCG